CCAAUUCGAGACUGUAGACUUCUGAAGGGUAACAUAGACUCUUGCUGCAACAAUACUAUUUCUCCACUAAGAGACAGUAGACAGUAUGUUCUUUGUCUUCAAGCAGCCGGACAAGAUUGAGAGUGAAUAAUUCAUAUCAAAAACUCAUAUUCAAGCAAACAGUGGACGUAUACGCAAAUGGAUUCAAGUGGCAUAGUUCCGGAUAUUAUUGACAAUAAGCCAAAAGGUUUACUACAGGUUACUUAUUCAAGUGGUGUUAAAGUAGAACUUGGUAAAGAACUGACCCCCACUCAGGUUAAGGAUCAACCCACAGUCAGUUGGGAGGCGGAGGAUGAUGUUCUGUAUACUUUGAUUAUGGUGGACCCCGAUGCACCAUCACGUGCCGAACCAACUAGUCGGGAAAUUUUACACUGGUUGGUUAUUAAUAUUCCAGGCAAUAAAGUAGCGGAAGGUCAAACUGUUGCGGAAUACAUUGGUUCUGGUCCACCAGAGGGUACUGGCUUACACCGUUAUGUUUUCUUAGUCUUCAAGCAAACGGACAAGAUUGAAAGUACAAAAUUUAUACCAAAAACAAAUUCUGGGUUAAGAAGACGUUUAUCGUUUUCCUCGGAUUCAUCGGAUUGCAAUAGCACAAACCCAACAAACACAUCGAUUGGGAGCAAAAGAAGUCGUAAUCCUCUUAAAUGGAUACGAACUUUACAAAAUCAUAACAGAAUAAAAGGUUUGGCAUACUGGAUUAGGGAAGGAAAAUUAAUACCUGCAAAAACGUUUGUCGAUAUACAAUGCAGAUGCCGUCAAAAUUGCAAUCAAAAAAUUAUUUCGGAUGAGAGAGAGGCUGCCAUGAAUUUUAUAGAUUAAAUAGUCAGCUUGAGG